CUUGCUCAUUUUGUUGGGUUUUGUAAACAGUUGAGAUUGAUAAGUCGAGGAGGGAGGACGUCGCUUCCCUAAAAAAACUUGUCGACGUAUUCAACUACGCGGAGUUGUGAACUUUUAAUUAAAAUUAUAAACUGAAGUUGAUGUGUGUUAAAGUGAUUUAGGAUUAAAAGUGGUUGAAGUGAACAUUGAAAUAAAUUAAAAUUUGAAAACAAAUAUAACAUUUUGCUAACAAAAUGUGUAAACACAUGGUUAUCGGGCUUCUUGUUGGCUUGAUUUUAACUUCAGCGGGAGCCAAUGAGAACUGCAACAAAGACAUGCUGCAGCGAUGCGCCAUGGACCUGCCUGUGCUAAAUUCACCGGAGAUCUCCUUUGCCCUAACUAGAGAAGAACUAGACAAGAGUUGCAUAAAACUCCACUCCGGAAUCACAUGCAUCGAUAACUACACACGCGCCUGCAUGACCAGACACGAACAAACCGUCUUCCGCAAAAUCUACUCCGGGAUCAGCGAUGGAAUGAAAGAGCUCUGCACGCCCGGAGCUUACCAAGACGAGUACUUGAAACACGCGCGCUGCGUGAAGAUAUUUUGGGCUGAUUAUGAGCAAUGUAGCCAGAAGUAUGAAGUUACGCUCACACAUCUGAAUGAUCAUCAGAAGAAUGAGCAGUAUUCUACUGAUCAGCGAGAUAUCAGCACCAGCCAUGAGGAUUAUUUGAGGACAGUUUGCUGUUCAUUCCAGGAGUUCAUGUCGUGCUCUGAAGAAACAGUACAGAGGACCUGCGGUGAUGAAGCAGCCGUGUUCACCAGCAAGUUCCUUAAACAAAUGGCUUCCAACAUUAUAAAGAAUUUCUGCUACGAAUACCGGGAUAAAGAAUGCACCACCCCAGGAAAAGCCAGCGCAACGUUUCAAAACCUCCAACUAGUUCUCAUCGCGCUUUCGGGGCACCUCGCGUUUUAUCUCGGGAACCUAGUACCAACGUAAACUAACCUAAAAUAGUUUUAGGAAUUGAAUUUUGAAAUUAGAACAUUCGUGCGUGUGUGAGUGCAAUGAACUGUAAAUAGUGAGCGAAUGGUAGUGUUUUGUUAACUUAAUUUUAUGCAUCACUUCGAGUAACUUAAUUAAUUUGCGCAUGCAAUGCGUCUUUUGCCUAGUUUUAUAAGAUAUUGUUUACUACGGUCAUAUAAAGAAUAACCCAUAUCGAAAAUUAUUUCAAUAAAUAAACAUUUUGUCUGUUUUGUUAGAUUUCAAGGCGAAGUACGCAAGGUAAUCGUGAGGUAUAGUAAGAUAUAGUCUAUGUCAAAGAUACGUGGACACUUGUGUAUGUAGGCUUUUGGAACAAGGUGAUAAAUAUACAUUUACAUAAUCUUCGAUGCUGGCUAUACCAGUUUCCAUGCUUUUAACUAAGAUUUCGUUAAUAUUACAAAGAUUGGAACCCGCCAAUGGCACUUAAGAAUGUAAAAAUUUGACUUUGUAGAUUUUUGUACUUUAUCAUGACUUAUAUUAAAACCAUAUCUUUAAAUUUGUAUGAUAAAAGUCCAAUGCCGGAUUUAGAGGUCUGGAGGCCUCGGGCAAUAAAGGAGUGGAGGCCCCCUGGCCCCAAAUUUUUUCCAAAUAAAAUGGUAAAUUUACCGAAUUCUCUAUUGUGGGGGGCCCCUCUUUUGUGGAGGCCCGAGGCAGUAGCCCCGGUUGCCCUCCCCUAAAUCCGGCCCUGUAAAAGUCUUAGAUGAAAGUCUUGAUGAAUGAAUGCAAAUCGUUCACUUUGUUGUCUACAGAAAAGAUACUUUCCCGAAGAUUUUUUACCUGUAAAUAUAGUCUGUUCAUUACUCUUCACUAUUUUUCUAGCAUUCUAGCAUCGCAAUUUCAUUUCUGACCUCAUCCAUGUUAUUUUUUUGCAAUACAUAUGACCAUUGGCCGAGGUUUUCGACAGAGGGAUAAGCUUUUAAAAACGACUCCGGUUUUUAAAUCCUCCAAGACUAUGAUAUUACAUAUAUACUAUCUCAAGAUGGGUUUGUGCAAAUAUUCCCUUGAAACGCAUAAGGGAAAAAGAGAUUUUAGUUAGGAUCAAGCAUUAAAUGCUAUUUGCAUGCAGCCAAACUAAACUAUUUAGUUAUAAUAAUGUUUUAUUACUUAUCUUAUUAGGGCUAACACACACACAAAUUGACUUUCUAUGAUUUACGAAUAGGUAUUUCCGAGAACAUUUUUUGUGGCAAAGGUCACAGACAUCUAGACCAUGAAUUCGUAUGUGCGUGAUGGCUCUAAAUGAUAUUCAUACAGUUGUGUUUAAAAAUGCUCAUGGGCCAUUUUUUAAGGUGUACAUUUCACUUUUUUAAUUUGGAUUUAUUGUUCCGUUAUAAUUUUCGUAUAACACUGAUUUAAACUUUCACGAUUUGUACACAAUAUUAACUAACACAAAUGGGACUUAAUCGCGUAUUAAGUUUUAAAUUUACCCCCGACGUUUCGAGGAUGGCGUUGUCCCCGUGGUCUCGGAGAAGACUGGCUAAAGUUGACAUCAACAUCUUUUAGCCGCGCGAGUUUUUCGAACUACCCGCACUUGAUCUUGUUUGUUGACUUGAACAUUCUGCUCACUAGCGAUGUUACUCUGUCGACACACAACAAACUAAAACUUAAUACGCGAUUAAGCCCCGUUUGUCUUAGUUGGGAGAAUCAACUUUUUAGCAUCACUCGUUGCCAUGGUUACGAUUAGUUGUCCAGAGGACAAAAGUUAAUUGAAAUACUGAUUUUAUGGUACUUAAAUGUAUCAAACUUGCGUUUUUGUGGUCGUUAUAACCAAUGUCCAUAAUGGGCCCCCUACUAAGCAUGUUAAUAGAACGGCAUACAACGUCUCUUCAAACAAACUGUGCCACUGUUGUCCCUUGGACAACGGGACAGGAUAACAAAACAAAAAAAGUUGAUUCACCCAGUUAAUAAUCAUUUUUGUAUGCCUGUAACGGAAUUUUGGAAUAUUUUUUCUAUUAGAAUCUGAAAAGCUCUUGGUUCUGAAGAGAAAUAAUUAAAAAUCCCGACUUUUAUAAAUAAGGGUUCCGUUUUUUGCCAUUUGGCUACGGUACCCUAAAAAGUGUAUAGUUCGUUUUUAAGCAUUAGAAAGAUCGUAAGCGAUCUUGUCGUGUAUUUUUAUUAAAAAACACUUGAAAAAUAAGUCUGAGCUGAAUAUAACAAUUAUUAAUCAUAUUCGAUUAUUUAUAUUUUUUUGUUUCCAUACGUGAUAAAAACUCAUUUUUAAAAAGCGUUAUUCAAUAAAAAGAUACGUCAAGAUUGUUUACUAGAAGUACUAAUGUUUAAAAAAAAGAACUACAGUGUACCUACCUUAAUAUAAACAAAAUGACUCAUAAGCAUUUGAGAACCUACCUAUAAGUAUAUUAUGUGAUGUUCUCAGUUUUUAUUAGUCGGGAAUUUCAUAAAACCUAGCUUUAAUGUUUCAUUGUCCAUUACAAAGUAAUUUUAAGCUCAUUAAAAGCGUUAUGAAAUUCAAAGUUAAAUAUCUAUAAUAUUUUAUGCCAUGUUCGUUCGUGUUACUCGUAGGUAUGUAUUAGAUCCGUUAAAUUAAGCUCACACCUUCCUGUGAUAUAUAUAGAUAUCUAAGGAAUAAUUCAUUUUAUUUAUAAGCAUUGUUUUAUGAAAUCUUUGAUAUUUUUCACUAGAUAAUAAUUUCACUUAGGGCUGUACAUUAAUCACGUCAUACUGAGUUGGGUCAGUAAAAUAUCACCAAAUAUCACCAUGGAGGAGGGGGAUCAAAAACUCGCCAAAAAAGUAUGACGUGAUUAAAGGACAACCCCUUAGGUAUAUAUACUUUUGCAAAGAAGAGAAUGUCUUUAAGACUAUUGCUAGAUUUAGUUGUUAUUGCAAUUUAUUAAUAAGCACUACUUACUUUUUACGAUGAAUAGACAUGACAAAGGAUGAAAUUCAAAUAAAUAUGCAGCAAGUUGGGUAAUAACUACGAAAAAAAUGAUAUGUUUCAUAUGUGAUUUUCUAAAAAAGUGCAAAAUGUACUGCUCAAAUCCACGCUUAUAUUCGAUAUGCAUAUAUUCUAAUACAUAUUAACAAUGCAUCAUUUUAGUAGAACAGAAAAAUACCUGUUUUCACAAUUUUUCGCAGAAAACGUAUACAAUUUUACAAUGUAUUUUUUUCUGAAAUUCCUAAAAUAAAUAACAUUUUAGGUGCUACAAAAUCUAGAAAUUCAUUUAUUUCACAAUAUUUGUUUUACUAUUUCUUACGUAUAUAAUAGAAAUUAUUUCACUUGUAGGUAGGUAUUAAUAUAAUUAUGUAAUCACUUAAAUUAAAUCGAAAUGUUAGUCAUUUUGGUAAACACUACUUAGAAGGAGAGAGGUCACUGUCUCACACUGUCUUUAACUGUACUCAUUGACAUAUAUCUAGGGACGGGCCUUACGGGCACUAAAAAUGGUGCUAGUUCAGUGGUGUCACUCACGAAUUCGAGCCAAUCGUGUAGUCUAACGCAACUAGUUGCGACCAAUCGCGUGCGAUGCUAACUCAUCAACCAAUUAGACUGGACGAUUGGCUCGAAUUCGUGUGCGUGCCACCCCUUGCUGUCCCAUUUUUAUUGUCCAUGAGGCUAUUCCUUAGAUAUAUAUAUAUUAAUUAAUUUUACACAUGUCAAUUUUUUUAUAUAUGUCAAUUACUGUAUUUAAUUGUAUAAACGGUUAACUCCGAGUUAGCUAACCCUGGAACGCGCAAGUAUCCAUUAAAACUCCUUAUCGCAUUUAAUGUUGACAAAGUUUGUUUAACAAUGUUGAAAUUUGAACUUUAAUAGCUGUCAAUAGAGUCCGCCAUAUAUGGCUUCGUUUGCGGUAAGGUUAAAAACCUACUUAAUUCCCAAAAUGAUAUUAGAGUUUUACAGGAAACAGGAACCGUAUUUUAUUUUCAUGGAUACAUUGUGAAAUUGUGACAAUGAUUAAUCAUAACAGGCACUUUUGUUAAAAACAGCGAUAUCACCGGCGAGAGUCGAUAGACGUGUUGUCAUACAAAAGCACACAUAAAAAUUCAAUACACACUAAUGCAGCGGUUUCCACCCUGUAUUGAUAUUCUAAUAUUGAAGUGUCCCCAGCAAGCUCGGUUCUCCAUACAAACGUAGUUACGCUCUCAAUUUCGUUCCCCGAAUACUGUUAAUGAAAUUGGAACCGUUUUUAGUACAUUUGCAUUGUCUGGCAUAUCCAAUUUUCGAUACAAUAUUUUUGCCGUUUUCCAUUUUUCUAAUGAAAUUAACUGGGCAGGUUGAUGUUUGUCACAGACUACAUAAUAUCGUAGCAGCUAUUCUUUUUUUCUUCCCUUUUCUUCUAUUGCUAUUUAAUUCUAUUUUAGGUGCCCGCAAUAUUAACAUUUUAUGAAUUUAAAUUAUUAUUAUUUUCUUUAUUUCAGACUUUGUUGUCUACAGAGUUAUUAGUAUUACACGAACUUACAACAAUGUUAGUAAGAAUACAAAAUGAGAAUUAAUAUAAUAAUAUUAAAAUUAAACUUAGAUAAAUACUUAAUCUAAUAAAAAAAGAUUUUUUAAGUGGUGUAUCUAUUUUGUGACGUAUUAUGUAAUCUGCGUUCCUGGAAGAGACUACACGAUGCACUUCGAAUUAUUUUUCAUAAAUAUUAAAUAUUGAAAGCAAAGCUUUUAAAAUUUACCGGCUCACAAUUUUGAACUAACACUAAACUUUGAAUUUUGUCAUAAUACACUAAGGUUUCUUUUACAUUGUCAUUUUGUCUCAUAUAUCAGAUGACAGCUGAUACUUUCCUUACUAUUUCCAGUUUAUUUAGUCAGCUAUUGGGUUACCACUGGUGACAGCUAGGAUUAUUUUCAUCUGUUACCACUUGUUCUUACAGAAAAGCCAGUCUUGAAAUCUACAAAUUCACUCGUGGUAACGCAGUUGUUACCAAUGGUAACAGAUGAGAAAAAAUGUUACCACAACGUUUUUGCCACUGGCUGAGCGGCCAGCCAAUCGUGUUGUUAGAAAAUAUUUGAAGAUUCAUCCCAUCUAAAUACUAGUCGUGUCUCCAAAGAUAAUAAUCAUGCUAUAUCUGUUUUCAGUUGGUUUGUUAUUGCUAGGGUUGCCAUACGUCCCGUACUUACGGGACUGUCACCGUUUUAAGUAUCGCGUCCCGUAUCUAUCCCCGUCCCGUUUUUAUCCCGUAUAUCAGAUCCUGCUGCAGAAUACGCAGAAUACUCAUAUAAAUGGUCACAAUCAUCUGUGUUUAAGCACCUUGUUUCCUCACCUAUGUGAGUUAAAGGUAUGGGAAUACGUAUUUGCACCCCCUUCCCCCGUAACUCCGAUAUUACUCCAUUGUCCCGUAUCAGAUCCGAAUAAUUAUGGCAACCCUAUUGCAACAGACAUAAUGUACUUAUACUGAGAGAUAAUAUAAUUAUACCAUAUGUACUAUCCAAAGUGAGAGACGAGUGUUUAGGUCCUACUAAAAUUUUGCUAUGGAACCUAACCUCAAAACAAAAAAAAAUGUUUCAUACAUUUUGGCGAAUUAUAUAUCGAUGUUUGGAAUUGGAUCCAAUAGUAAAACUUGUUCAGUACGACUUACGUACUUACUUCUCUGACUCUGGCUUGAUAUAACAAAAUCACAGUGUACUACUAAGAAGUCAUUAUUUGUUUAAUUUUCGUCAAAAUUAAGUACUCGUAUUAUAUAAAAAAAAUAUUUUAAUUUGAGAACACGGUAGGGUUUUCACGAAGGAUCGGAAAUGUAUGGGAAAAUCCGUGGACCGGAUCCAGAUCCGGAUAAUUUCAUACAUUUUGGAUCCAGAUUGCAAACCCUUUACAUCAGUAACAAAAGCACUGCUUAGGUGUUUUAAGUAUACAUAUCCAUAAAUAUAAAUAUAUUCAACUAUAUCAACAUAUCAUACCAGUGUAAAUAUUCAAGUCAUAGUAUAAAUGCGUAGCAUGUCGUACAACUAUGUUCGCCCUAUCUGACUUUGCCAUGCGAAAUUAAAUUUAAAUCCAAAGGUAUUAAAGUUUAAAUUUGCAUUCGUGUCAGGUUGUCGAACAUAGUCAAGUACAUACCGGAUGGCUAUGAUCGUGGGGCUUUAAAUCUAAUGAUAGAUUUUAUUCCUCAUACUGAACUAAGGUUAAGGUAAGUUAAGGUUAAGUAUGGCUGGCCUUCAUACUGGUAUGAAAGGGCCCUGGGCCUCUUUGCACAUUAAUUAGUGUUUAUUUCGAGUUCAUUCAUUUGCCACUAAACCAAAGUCCAAUAGAAAAAGCAAAUAAACAAAUAUGACAGCUUUUGUUGGCAUUUGACAUCUAACCUAAAAUUUGUAUAGAAGUUGAUUUUACUGAAAUUUUAUUAACUUACAUUUUAACAAAAAAAUUAUACAAAUAAAAUAUUAAAGUAUAUAAAUUGUUGAUAAGAUCAUGAUUGUCGCCGAAAUAUAUGAAAUUAUCCGGAUCUGGAUCCGGAUCCGCGGAUCUUUCCAUACAGUUCAGAUCCGUCGUGCAAACCCUAACCGCAGCCACACUUACCCGUAAUACGGGAUUCCGUAUUGACCUUACUUCGAUCUACAACUUCUUUAGAUUAUUAAAUCCUAUAGGUAUUAGAAAAUAAAACUUGAUCAAAAGUUUUAGAUUAAAGGGUAAAGUUAAUAUUGAUUUUAUUUUAUAUUUAAAUCCCCAAGAUCAGGCACUCUGUAUAAAAUGUAAGAUUUGUAACUAGUUGCCAGUAGCAAGUUAUUCGUUAACGAAAAUAAUUGUAAUUAAUUUAGUAAAUCCGUAUCCAUUAGAUGAUAAUUGAAAAGACUUUAGUCUGUUAGAAUCUUGAUGUAUGUGAAAGAAAUAAAAUGUGCGUAUCAAGUAAAUAA